CCGCAAUCCUAUAAAUACCACGUUAGACACAAAAAUAUCGGAUUGCUCAUUCGUCGUGACAAACCGCUACCUCUGUGAAAAGCUGUUGAUUGAACCAAAAAGGGCCAGAACAUCACAAUCAGCGACACCGGCAGGAAACUUCAAACUGAGCCCGUCCAUAAGCGCCAUGCAAAAUACCGAAAACUUUCUCGACAAAGACUUUGACAGCAACUGCGAGAAAGCAGCCAAGGCGUUGGCCGAGGCAGAUGUCUUUUUGCUGUUUACGGGUGCCGGGUUCAGUGCCGAUAGUGGCCUGGCUGUCUACGCCGAUGUGGCCCGAGUUCCCGCCUAUCAGGCCCGUGGCUUGGAUUACGCCGAUAUCUGCCGGCCUGAUUUGCUGUCGGACAAUCCGGAGCUAUUUUACGGCUUUUGGGGGCAGUGUUUCAACGAUUACCGCGACACCCAGCCACACGAGGGCUAUUCCAUCCUCCACCAAUGGAAACAAGACAAAAAAACUGCGGCCACUGGUACUGUCGCGAAGGCUAUUUCCGCUGGAAUUGCUCGCAAAGUAGAAGAACGACGUCCCUUUGACGAAGAAAUUGUAAUGCGAUAUGCUCCUUACAUGGUGCCACCAUCCGCCAGCCCAGCAGGUGCCUUCUUUAGCUUCACAUCCAACGUGGACUCUCAUUUUCAUGACGUUUUCGAGGCCCAAGAGAUCCAUGAAUGCCAUGGAAAUAUCGAAUCUUGGCAAUGCUCGGAUCCGUACUGCCCUGCAGGAGUCUUUCGAGCACCUUUGAAAUACUCCUUUCAAGUCAGCACGGAAACCAUGCUGGCUCCUCGCAUUGCCUCCAACCAUAAUCCUACCAAGAACUCGGCAGCAGCACAGGCAACAACAACAAGCGAGGAUGGUGUGGCGCACAUUGGACAGACCGGAGGCAGCCGUAGGACACAACCUCUCAAGAACAUGCCACCCCCCAAGGAACCCAACAAUUGGUGCACACCAGCAGUGACACCUACGGGUACGGACAAAAAGGAGGAAAUUGUUUCGUCCAACUGGCCGCAGUGCCGUUUCUGUCAAAAAUACGCCCGCCCUGCGGUCCUCAUGUUCCAAGACUCGAGAUGGAAGCGAGAUAUUGCACAGGGCGAGCGCUGGAGCUUGUGGAAAGAAGCCGUCUUGGAUUUGUGCCACGAACGCAAAAACAACAAGCCGCUCAAGGUUUGUAUUUUGGAAAUUGGAUGUGGCCUGAAUGUGCCAACCUGCCGUGACGAGUCUCAAAGCAUGGUCCGGGACGUCACCAGUAAGGGCGGAGAAGUCGUUCUGGUGCGGAUCAACCCAUCACCCGAAGAAUCUCCCGGCACCGAAGAGGAUGUGCGCCCCUGUUUGAUUCCCAUCGUGUCAAGGGGUUUGCGCGCCAUUAAAAAGAUUGACGAGCUUUACCGGGCACUUUGAGUAAGCGGGCUUCCAUAUAUAUAUGUGUAAUAUUAAUAAUUAGUUACUGUACAGUGUGUGAAAACAUGUUGCUGUGGCG